AUGGGUGCAGUUAGUGCAAGCAAGGACACCGCACUCAGAUUCCCAUGGCUUUGGAUCAAACCAAUUUGGUAUUUGAGCGGCGUGGGUUUUGAAUUCGAUCGUCUUGUCAAACGUACGAACGAUUUCACGAGAGGUGUGAUUGCUGAAAGAAAACGUACCUUAGAGGAAGAAGGGCUAAUCGAAGGCAACGGAGGUGACAUACGCAAGGAAAAGCUUGCAUUUCUUGAUCUUCUGCUGCGUAUGCAACAUGAAAAUCAGCUGAGUGACGAGGAUAUUAGAGAAGAAGUGGAUACCUUUAUGUUUGAAGGUCAUGACACAACAUCCAGUGGCAUCGGCUUCACGGUAUGGUGGCUUGGACAAUCGGAAGAAAGUCAAAGAAAACUGCAUGAGGAGCUCGACCAAGUAUUCGGCUGCUCGGACCGUUCUCCUACGCAGGAAGAUCUCAAACAACUCGUGUACCUCGAGAAAUGCAUCAAAGAGUCUCUACGUCUCACACCUUCUGUGCCUUUGGUCGCGAGGAGAUUAGCGGAAGAUGUUACUGUUGGUGAAACCAUACUUCCCGAAGGUCUAACUGUUGUUGUUGUACCGGUAACAACCGCGAGGGACCCUCGAUAUUGGGAGAAACCCGACGAAUUUUAUCCGGAGCAUUUCGAUAUGGACAAAGUCGCCGGGAGGGACCCAUAUUCGUACAUACCUUUUUCAGCAGGUCCUCGAAAUUGUAUAGGUCAAAAGUUUGCAUUGCUCGAGGAAAAGGCUGUGCUUUCGUGGAUUUUCCGUCGUUAUCAUGUGGAAACCAUGGAUCCAUUCCCAGUGAAUCGAGCGCUUCCUGAACUGAUUCUGCGGCCGAGUAGAGGAGUUCGUGUUCGAUUAACAAAACGAUGCUUAUUACCAUCCACCGUCGGACAACGGCAGCGAGAACUUGCUUGCCAAUACGCCACCGGCGGAGGCGGCGGCGGAGGUUCUUACGGAACUGGCGGCGGCGGCCCAAACUAUGGAGGAGGUGGUAACUCCUACGCCGGAGGAGGUGGUGGCGGCGGCGGUGGCGGUUAUGGCGGCGGUGGUGGCGGCGGCGGUGGCGGUUAUGGCGGAAGUGGCGGCGGCGGUUAUGGUGGAGGUGGCGGCGGCGGCGGAGGCGGUUACGUCACUGCUCCGAUUUACCCACCAGCUGCUCCUAUAUCUCCACCUCCAGCUUCUCCACCCAUGCAACCACCUCCACCACCACCACCAUCAUACGGUGGUCCAUCAGGAGGAUAUCAGCAACCGCCACAGGCUUCUCCACCCAUGCAACCACCUCCACCACCACCACCAUCAUACGGUGGUCCAUCAGGAGGAUAUCAGCAACCACCACAGGCUUCUCAACCCAUUCAACCACCACCUCCACCGUCAUAUGGUGGUCCAUCAGGAGGAUAUCAGCAACCACCACCAUCAGGAGGAGGAUACCAGAAACCCCCACCAAUGCCAACACCAUACAAUCCUCCAUCUCCUCCACCACCAGGACCUGCCCCUUAUGACCCACCGGCGCCCCCUCCACCACAGCCAUACAAUCCUCCAUCACCACCAUCAGGAGGUUACCAACAGCCACCAUCACCACCAUCAGGAGGUUACCAACAGCCGCCACCUUCUGGAGGAGGGUACCGUCAAGGACCACAACCUACACCAUACCAACCUCCUUCUCCACCUGCCCCCCGCUACGACCCUCCUGCUCCUCCUCCACCUCCACCACCACCAUCAGGAGGUUAUCAACAGCCACCACCUUCUGGAGGUUAUCAACAGCCACCACCAUCAGGAGGUUAUCAACAGCCACCACCUUCUGGAGGAGGGUACCGCCAAGGACCACAACCUACACCGUACCAACCUCCCUCUCCACCUGCCCCACACUACGAUCCUCCCGCCCCUCCUGCACCAUAUAACCCUCCAUCUCCAUCUGGAGGCUACAAACAGCCACCUCCACCUAUUUCACCACCCAGCGGAGGCGGAUACGGCGUUGCUCCUCCACCAAUCGGCCCACCACCAGUUGGACCUUCACCACCUUCCGGCGGUUAUGCUCAAUCUGGCAGCUACCAACGACGCUUCUACAAUAAGGCCAGAUCUAUGCAUAAAACUGUUGCCAAGAUAUGA